GUGGAAUGUCUGGAUGUGGGGGUGAGCCCUUAACUCCUAGAAGGACAGAAUGAGGGGCAGAGGGAGCCAGCCUGCCUAGGUCUGAAGAUAUGGGAGACAGGGUGGUUGGGAACACGGGCCCUUGUGCCCAUGCAGCGGCCGGCAGUGAAGAGGUUAUUUUCCAGCCCAGAUGAGGAUAAAUUGAGGGCGCAGGGCAUCCCCACCCUCAGGACCUGCUCAUCACAAUGGCCACGGGAAGAGUCCUGCUCGGCUCUCUGCUGCUCCUGUCCCUGCAGCUGGGCCUUGGCAGGGACCUGGGUGCUCCAGAGGCUCUGAUGGUAGAGGGAGAGCUCUUCUCUGAACCAGCAACAGACAUGGGGACCUGGAGGCCACAGAUGGGUGCCCGCCUGCGCAGAGCCCCAGCUGGCCCUUGCCAGCUGUGGAGCUUGGCCCUGCCGGUAGCAGAUCUGGGCCUAGGCUAUGCUUCAGAGGAGAUGAUCAUCUUCCGCUACUGUGCUGGCAGCUGUCCCCGAGGCGCCCACACUCAGCACAGCCUGACGCUGGCCCACCUGAGGAGCCAGGGCAGAGCACGUGGUGGCCCUUGUUGCCGGCCCACCCGCUAUGCUGACGUGGCCUUCCUGGAUGACCACCACCACUGGCAGUGGCUACCCCAGCUCUCAGCGGCUGCCUGUGGUUGCGGUGGCUAAGAGUGCCUGGCCUGGGGCCCUGUAGCCACACCGGGAGUCCCGACUUAUUUACUGGAGACGUGGAUGCUGAGAAGAUGAGAAAGUGGAGGUGGCACCCCAGGACUACCAGCAAAGAACACAAUAAAGGAAAUUGCCCCUGAGGCCUUGUGAUUUUGUGUUCAGUGGUGUGCACACUGACCUUGCCACCUUAGCUCCCAGUUGGUGGGCAGGUGUGUCCUGAGCUUUCCUUAUAGACCCCAGCUCCAGCAAACAGCCA